AUGCUGCCUCGUGGGGUCAUUCGCCGCCUUAACGAUGCCAUAGCAUCUGGAAAAAUUGCCCCAGAUUCAGCAUGGCGUCUCUGCUACUCACGAAUUAGUGAAGAUAUGAGGGCUUAUCGAAAUGGGAUUUCUCUAUCCUCUCUACAACUCCCUCCCACCAACUCGUUUAUCAGCCAAAUUUCCCCCGAAAAUGUCUCUAAAAAUGGCUUAUUUGGCCUCCCUUUGGCCGUUAAAGACAAUUUCUGUACCGACGCAGACCAAUUUAAAGUGAGCACAACAUGUGCUUCAUUCUCCUUAAAAGAAUUCCGACCAUCAUACUCUGCUCAUGUUGUUCAGUUGCUUUUGGAAUCUGGCUUCUCUCUCGUUGGCAAAACUAAUAUGGACGAAUUCGCAAUGGGUUGUGGGUCAGUAGAUGCACCUCUCUCUGGUCCAGUUGUGAAUCCAUGGAGUAGACUCACUCCCGAUGGUAGGGAUCGGAUAGCAGGUGGGAGCUCGGGUGGAAGUGCUGCUGCCGUUUCAGCUGGAUUAUGCGUUGGAUCAAUUGCCUCUGAUACUGGUGGAUCUUGUCGCCUACCUUCUGCCUAUUGUGGUGUCACGGGUCUCAAGCCUACAUAUGGUCUUCUCUCUCGACAUGGGCUUAUAGCUCUUGCCAACUGCUUUGAUACACCAUCCCUUAUAUCUCUAGAAGUCACAGAUGUCGCUGAUAUGCUUUGUGCUUGUUUGGACACUAAUCAGCCGGUCUGCGAUUCGACACUUUUGAAUUUAGAUACCAAUGACCUUACUCUUUUUCGCAAUGAGCUAAAAAAUAUCAGCUGUUCA